AUGGGGUAUAACGGCAGCUGGAUCUUCAGAAACGCCAGCGACCCGCGCAACGCGUCGGGCGCGGAGGCGGCAGACGCCAACCGCAGCGCACUCGGGGAGUUCGUCGAGGCGCAGCUGUACCGCCAGUUCACCACAACCGUGCAGGUCGUCAUUUUCGUAGGCUCGCUGCUCGGAAACUUCAUGGUGUUAUGGUCAACUUGCCGCACAACCGUGUUCAAAUCUGUCACCAACAGGUUCAUUAAAAACCUGGCCUGCUCGGGGAUUUGUGCCAGCCUGGUCUGUGUGCCCUUCGACAUCAUCCUCAGCGCCAGUCCUCACUGUUGCUGGUGGAUCUACACCAUGCUCUUCUGCAAAGUCGUCAAAUUUUUGCACAAAGUCUUCUGCUCUGUGACUAUCCUUAGUUUCCCUGCCAUUGCCUUGGACAGGUACUACUCAGUUCUCUAUCCACUGGAGAGAAAAAUAUCUGAUGCCAAGUCCCGUGAGCUGGUGAUAUACAUCUGGGCCCAUGCAGUGGUGGCCAGUGUUCCAGUGUUUGCAGUGACCAAUGUGGCAGACAUCUAUGCCAUGUCCACCUGCACUGAAGUGUGGAGCAACUCCUUGGGCCACCUGGUAUACGUUCUGAUCUAUAACAUCACCACGGUCAUCGUCCCUGUGGCUGUAGUCUUCCUCUUCUUGAUAUUGAUUCGACGGGCCCUGAGUGCCAGCCAGAAGAAGAAGGUCAUAAUAGCAGCCCUGCGGACCCCGCAGAACACCAUCUCUAUUCCCUACGCCUCCCAGCGGGAAGCUGAGCUGCACGCCACCCUCCUCUCAAUGGUGAUGGUCUUCAUCUUAUGUAGCGUGCCCUACGCUACGCUGGUUGUCUACCAGACUGUACUCAAUGUCCCUAACACUUCCAUCUUCUUGCUGCUCACUGCCAUUUGGCUGCCCAAAGUCUCUCUGCUAGCGAACCCUGUGCUCUUUCUUACUGUGAACAAAUCUGUUCGCAAGUGCUUGGUAGGGACCCUGGUACAGCUCCACCACAGGUACAGUCGCCGUAAUGUGGUGAGUACAGGGAGCGGGCUGGCUGAUGCCAGCCUGGAGCCCAGCAUGCGCUCAGGAAGCCAGCUCCUGGAGAUGUUCCACAUUGGGCAGCAGCAGAUCUUUAAGCCCACGGAGGAUGAGGAAGAGAGUGAAGCCAAGUACACGAGCUCUGCUGACCUUCAGGCCAAGGAGGUACCCAGUGCCUGCCUGGAGGGAGAGCGGGGGCCACAGCUUGUACCCCCUGUGCCACCCCCGGGCACAGUGGACUCUAUAUCCCAGGUGGCACCAGCAGCCCCUGUGGAACUUGAGACAUUCUCUGGCAAGUAUUCCCUGCAAUUUGGUUUUGGUCCUUUUGAGUUGCCUCCCCAGUGGCUCUCAGAGACCCGAAACAGUAAAAAGCGGCUGCUUCCCCCCUUGGGUAACACCCCAGAAGAGCUGAUCCAGACCAAGAUGCCCAAGGUAGGCAGGGUGGAGCGGAAGAUAAGCAGAAACAAUAAAGUGAGCAUUUUUCCAAAGGUGGACUCCUAG